AUGACUUCCUUUGUGAUCAGCAUCCCUUGCUCCUCUGCCAACAUUGGCCCUGGCUUCGAUGUGAUCGGCCUGGCAUUGUCCCUUCACUUGGAUCUCCACGUCACCGUCGAGGCCAAACCCUCAUCCCAGCUCCCUUUCAACUGCGCCAUCACCUAUGAGGACCAAAGCAAGAGUGUUGAGCAGAUCAGUCUCGACCCAGAAGUCAAUCUGAUCACCCGUGUAGCCCUGUAUGUCCUCAGAUGCCAUGAUCAGCGGGCCUUCCCCGUUGAAACCAAGGUGCAUAUCGUCAACCCCAUCCCGUUAGGCCGGGGUCUGGGUUCCUCUGGUACUGCUGUGGUCGCCGGUGUCAUGCUGGGCAAUGAGGUGGAGCGGCACCCGGAUAACGUGGCUGCUUCCCUCUUCGGUGGAUUCGUGGGCACCUAUCUGAAUGAGCUUAAGCCCGAGGAUGUGGCACGCAAAGAGAUCCCCCUCAGUGAAGUCCUGCCUGCUCCGGCAGGUGGUGUGGACACCGGUAUCAGACCCCCCGCACCACCCAUGGCCAUUGGUCAUUACAGGAAGUUCAAUUGGGCUCCAGAGAUCAAGGCCAUUGCCAUUAUCCCUGACUUUGUGGUUCCUACUGCCAAUGCUCGUAAUGUACUCCCAGAGACUUACUCGAGGGCGGACGUGGUCUUCAAUCUCCAGCGCGCUGCACUCCUCCCCGCGGCCUUGGGAAGCUCCCCGCCGGAUCCUGAGAUGAUCUUCCUCGCUAUGCAGGAUAAAGUGCACCAACCAUACCGCAAGACGUUGAUCCCAGGAUUGACUGAGAUUCUUCAAUUCAUGACCCCUGCCACGCAACCCGGUCUGCUGGGAAUCUGUCUCUCCGGUGCAGGACCUACCAUCCUAGCACUGGCCACGGAUCGCUUCACCGAGAUUGCUGACCGCAUUAUCGCACAGUUCGCUUCCAAUGAUAUCUCUUGCCAAUGGAAGCUGCUGGAGCCUGCACAGGAUGGCGCAACUGUCACCUAUAACUAA